UUGAGGCUGUUCAGUCUUGAAAUGAAAUGAAACAUUGAAAUCCAAAAUUGGAUUUUGGUCAGAUUAGCCCCUUUACCAUUUCUCUCCUCUGCUGAGAAGAAGAGGCACUGAUAAAGAUGAUGCCCAGAUGCUCCAUUUCACCAUCCAGUGAUGUUCAUCUCUUCCACACCUUCAAUGGGAUUCAACAACUUUCUCAAACUCAUCAUUUCAAGGCAUGGUUCUUAGAUCAAUUUGGAGUCCUUCAUGAUGGGAAGCAACCUUAUCCUGGUGCAAUCUCAACAUUAGAAAAGCUGGCCACCAGUGGUGCCAAGAUGGUGAUUAUCAGUAAUUCUUCAAGGCGUUCGUCAAUUACCAUAGAAAAAAUGAAGAGCCUUGGCUUUGAUCCUUCUCUUUUCGUAGGAGCAAUCACUAGUGGAGAAUUAACGCAUCAGUACCUACUCAGGAGAGAUGAUGCUUGGUUUGCAAAAUUGGGAAGAUCCUGUAUUCACAUGACCUGGAGUGACCGGGGUGCCAUAUCUCUUGAGGGCCUUGGCUUGCAAGUUGUGGAUAAAGUUGAAGAAGCUGAGUUUAUUUUGGCCCAUGGCACUGAAGCCUUGGGGCUCCCUUCCGGUGCUGUACUCCCCAUGAAACUCGAGGAUCUUGAGAAAAUAUUGGGGCGUUGUGCAGCCAAAAAUAUCCCUAUGGUGGUAGCAAAUCCAGAUUUUGUGACUGUUGAAGCUAGAGCUUUGUGUGUCAUGCCUGGUGCGUUGGCAGCCAAAUAUGAAAAACUUGGGGGUGAAGUAAAAUGGAUGGGAAAGCCUGACAAGAUAAUCUAUAAAUCAGCUAUGGCCAUGGUUGGUGUAGAUGCUUCAGAUUGUAUUGCUGUGGGUGAUUCCCUCCACCACGACAUAAAGGGUGCAAAUGUAGCUGGGAUCCAAUCAGCAUUCAUCACAGGCGGUAUCCAUGCAAAUGAACUUGGGCUUGGCAGUUUUGGAGAAGUUGCAGAUUCAUCUUCUGUGCAAGCUCUUGCAUCCAAAUAUGAUGCACAUCCAUCAUAUGUAUUACCUGCAUUUUCAUGGUAGAACUUCUCAUAUUGGCUUCCCAAUCAAGGAAUUUCCUCUUGAGGACGACAAAGUCUCUAAACUUGGUUAGGUUGGCUUGCUACUACUUUCUUUGAACCAAGGCCCUUGGUUAUGAUUCCCCCCCAAAAUAAACCGAGAUUCAAGCCCCCAGCAACAAGAUCCAGAAAUGGGUGAGUUAGCAGAAAAAAAAAAUCUAUUGUUAAAUAUUCCAGAUGAACUGAAAGUUUGGUGAAAGGAGCUUUUGAUCAAACUGGCAUUUUUCACCCUGAUAUGCUUUAGAUGCUGGCAUUGUUUACUUCUCCAUUUUGAUGCUGACAUGUUUUUGAUAUAGAGUUUCAUGUACUAUAAACAAGUUAUGGCUCAUCUGAAUGGUAAGUUACAGUUACCUGGUCAUCA